UUAUCAUUCAGUUAGGUGUGUGAUAAGUUUCCUAUUCAGUUUGAUUUUGUCAGCAGUAGUCGCCAAGCGUUAAACGUGAUUCAUUGAAAACAGCUAUGAAGAAUUUGGCAAGUGUUUGUAGAGAAGAACAAAUAAGUUUCAUCAAAUCAUUCAAUCAUGUUCUCACAGACAUGGAUGGUGUCAUUUGGACAGCAUAUAGGCCACUUCCAGGUGCCAUUGACUGUAUAAAUUCACUCAAACUCCUAAAGAAAAAAGUCAGCUACGUCACGAAUAAUGGUACCACUGGUGAGAAAAGUCUAUCUCGAAAAUCGAAAAGUCUUGGCUUGCAAAUAGAAGCUGACGAAAUAGCAAAUCCUAUUCUACCCGCAAUUUCUUAUUUGAAAAAGUUGAAUUUUCAAUCAGAAAUUUUCGCAGUGGGAACACAGGAUUUCAAAGAUGAACUUUGGGCUUCAGGUUUCAAGUUAACUGCUGAUCUUCCCCAAGACGUUGAAGAAUCAAUUACAGGCGUAUUGGAAGCUAUUAAAGAUGAUGAAAAUGUCGGAGCAGUAAUUUUCAAUUAUGACGUGAAUCUUACCCUCAUAAAAAUACAGAAAAUGUUGACCUUUUUGAAGAGGAAAGAUUGUCUGUUCAUCGUUGCUGCUAGUGAUAGACUAGUACAUAUAGGACCUUUAGGACCAAUGAUCGGUAAUCAAUACUUUUUGAAUGCCAUUGUAGAUAUUAGCGGAAGAAAACCUAUCAACGUAGCAAAACCAUCUUCACAUUAUGUUGAAUUUGUUAAGGAAAAAUUUGAAAUUACUGACCCGAAUAAAGUUUUGUUGAUAGGAGAUUCUAUCAUAGAAGAUAUGAGCACUGCGGUCCUAGGGGGAUUUCAGAAACUUUUAGUGUUAACAGGUUCCACCAAACUGGAAGAUAUUAGAAACUGGAAGCAUCCCAUAGAAUUCCAACCAGAGUAUUACGUUGAAAGCCUCAAUGUUUUCAAUGCUAUUUUAAAAUCAAUCGAGAAGGACGUUGAAUGUGUAUGAAAAUAGAAUUUUCUAGUUUAUUUCGAAUUUAUUGCAAGCAUUUGUGUAUAUAUUAUGAAUGAUUACUUUGAGAAACAUUUACAAUAAAUUAUUGUGAAUUGUGCAAACUGCCCCGCCAAAAUUAAUAUCAGUAAUUUUCCCCGAACAAUUUCUUCAAUUUUCUAAGACAAUUUUAUGAAUGUGUUGUUCGAAAAUAUAUUUCAAAUAGGUAAUCGCUUUACAAAAAUAUUUUCAUGGGCGACAGUGCAUUCAAUAACACAUGAUUUGUUUUGAUCAAUAUGAUAUUGACUGUGUCAUUCUGAGAACUGUAAGUUACAUGCUUAUUAUGCAUUUCAGUAUCAGUAUCUGAUGUUUUCAGUGAAAAAUGUAAUAUAUUUUGUGGUUUUUCAAAAAAAGAUUUUCAGUUGCUAAUAAUGCCACUUUCAAUAUGAUUUAUUCGAAAAAUGUGUGAAACAGGCGUGUUCACUUGUAUUGUGUAUACCAUUCAUUUUUAAGUUUAUUUAUAUCGCAAACUGUAUCAAAUAUUCAGUAGGAUAAAAAUGUUUUCCAAUA